GUUCAACCUUUGUUUUUAGGUUAAAAAGACAACAACCACGACGACUACAGAACGUCAUUCGGACAGCUGCUCCGAUUCUACUGAAGACGAGGAAGGGUUUUAUUAUAAGAAAAUGAAGCAUUUAGGUAUGACCGCAGGGAUUUUACUUUCUUCUGACGAAGAAUCGACCACGAAACAAGAUGAACACAAGCAUAGUUCACUAAACAUGGACGAUUACAUUAUCUUUGAAGGAGAUGUUUGCAAAAGUAUUUUGGCGAAAGUUAAACGCAGUAUCGAUGAAUUCAAGACUAUAUGUUACAUAAGGAAAAGGCCCACCAAGGUGCAGGGUCAUUCUGGAGCUAUAUCUAUACAUCGCAAUCACCUCGUAGCAGUCGCGGCUAGUGAGGUGACCAAUUCUACACAUCACGUCAUCAUUGGCACAAAGAUCAGUUGCUACUGUAACUGGAUUGCCGAAAAUCUACCGGGUGGUGGAAAUGAAUUGAAUUGUUGCAGAGAUUGCUGCGACUCAUCAGCGGACUCGAAGUUGGAAUUUUUUAAAUGAUACCAAAUAACUAUACAGGAUGAUUCUUAACCAACAGAUCAAAAUCUUUGUGCUUUAUCUUCUAUCAACACAAAGCUUUUGAUCCGUCCAUUAAGAACACCCUGUACUACAUUAUAUAAACCAGUAAAUAAGUGCCUAUUUAUGGAUGUAUCAUAAAUUUCCUUACAUUAGGAAAAAGGAUGACAGCAUCAAAAAGGUUUAUGUUAUGAAAAAAAUUACAAGUAAAUGAUUCAUGGUAAACUAGAAAACGACAAGAACAGUUUUACUACACAAGUCCUAUUUCUUUGUUAUUCUCGAAGGAAGUAGAAAUGGGAAUAGUAAAGUAGA